UCCCAUCCAUCUCCUCAUUAAUAAACGCAACACCACCAAGUAUUUUAUGGAAGGUUUUUGGCAUAUAUAUAUAUAUAUAUAUUAUAUAUACACGUAUACAUACACAUACACACAUGCUUAUAUAUAUGCUCCCUUGAACAGAAGCCUGUUGGAAACUGUAUUGUAUUGACGUUCUGCAGAAUCUUCAACGUUAAGAUUGCAAGAAAUGGGUCGUCGUGAAGGAGAAAUGAGAGCUUCUGGGGGUCAAAAUAGAGAAGAAAAUCAUACUCAUCAAGUUAGAAAGGAAUUUUGGGUUUUCAACGAAGAACACGAAGAAGAUAUUUGUGAUGACUCAAGAUCUUUUGAAUCUUCUUCCAUGGAGAAUUCUAUGAGCUCAAUGGAAUCAUCAUCUUCAUCUGACUUGGUGGAGGAUGCUUCUUCAUCUUCUUCUACAUCGUCAUCGAACGGGCCGCUUUACGAACUAUCUGACCUAAUGAUGCAUCUUCCUAUCAAGAGAGGUUUAUCAAAAUGUUAUGAAGGAAAGUCACAAUCUUUCACGACCCUAGCAAGUGUGACGAGCUUAGAGGACCUUGCAAAAAGGGUAGCACCUUGUAGGAAGAGAAUAAAGGCAUGCAAGAGCUUUGGUGGUGGUUUUGAUGGUCACAAAUCACCGUAUCUUUCUCCAAAAGCUAAUAUUUCAAAGAAAGCUUCAAGAGGAGGAGGAUCCUUCUUGUAUUCCCUUAGUAACAGAGGAAAAUUAUUGGAUUAAUUUAUUAGUUAAUUAAGCUUUAUUUAAUUUAUCCAUCUCUGUACAGAAAUUUUUUUCUUCUAAUUAUGCUAAAACAUAUAAGAAAUUUGGCAUGGUUUUUUGGUAUUCAAGAGUUAGGAUUUGAUCUUGUAACCGAUAAAAAAAAUGACUCGCAUUUCGAUUUGGGUUUUAAAGAAGUAAUGCUUAUGCUC